GUUUAUACUGUUCGCAAGUCCUGUUCCAUUCUUCGGUUAUAAAACGAUAAUAUUUUGUAUAAAAUUGUGAUAACAAAAAUUUAAAUAUGAAUGAUUUUGCUAAAACUCAGCUUAUGAAAUAUGGGUGGAUAGAAGGUAAAGGUCUAGGUAAACAUGAAAGUGGUAUCACACAAGCAAUUAGGCCAAAAUUAAAAUUUGAUACUGCAGGAAUUGGACACAAUGAUAAACAUUGGAAUAAUUGGUGGGAAAGUGGUUUUAACAAAGCAGCUAAUAGUAUCAUAGUUGAAUCACAAACACAAGGUGUUUCUAUAUCAGUUUCAAAGGAAAGUGCAAACAAUGAUUUUUCUAAGAAAAAUUUAAAUGAAGAAAAAUCAAAAUAUUCUACAAACUAUAGUAAUUUUCUUAAAACUUCUACACUUCUUAAUGGCACUUUAACAACAGAAAAUAAUUCCAAUGUAUAUGAGGAAAAAAAUAUUGAGAAAGACAUUACAUAUACUCCAUUAACAGAUGAAGAAUUAUUCAAAGUAUGUGGUGGUAGAACUGCCCAUAAAGGAGCUAGGCAUGGCUUAACAUUAAGUGGAAAAUUAACAAGAAUUGCACAGCAGGAAGAAAAUGUAUUAAACACAAAUUCAAAUAUAAAUAUGUCAAAAAUAUUAUAUAACAAUAAUAAUGAAUAUGAAGAUGACAAAGAUGAAAUGAUUAAUAAUGUAAAUACAAUAUUGCCUAUAACUUUUACUCAAGAAGUAAUAGUUCCAAAAGUAUCUAAAACUGUUAGAAAAAAAAAUAGAGGAAGAAUAAAUAAUUUGACCCAUCAGUUAAAUAUUUUAUGCAACUUAAAUGAUAAUGAUGAGGAAUUAGCAUUAAAACGGAAAGAUAAAAGCAGAAAGAAGAAAAAAAAGAGGGAAAAGAGGAAAAGCAUCAUAUCCAAUGAUGAUGAAGGAAUUGAAAAAGAGGAAGAUGAUAAUGAAUUAGAUGAUACAUCAUUUUCUGUAAGCCAAAAAUUUACUCAAGCACAAGAAAAUGAUCACUUUAAACAGGAAUGUAGUGAUACCUAUAUGUAUAGGAAAAAGAAGAAGAAGGAGAAAAAAUUAAAAAGAAAAAAAAAUGAAAAUAAUCAACGUAAGAAUAUGUGUGAAGAUGAGGAACUGGAUGGUUUUUUGGCAAAGAAACUUAAAAGGUCAUGUAAAAGCGAUUCAGAUGAACAAUUUUUGAUUGAAAAUAAAGACAUUAGUACAUCAGAGUCUAUAUUUAAAACAAAAUUUUCUUGGAAUGAAGAACCUACAAAGUCACAUAAAGUUAGGGAUUUACCUAUAGGUACAACAGAAUCUUUUUCAAAAUUACCAGACACAUACCUCAAGAAGAAGACAGACUAUUUAAAUGCUAAAAUAAUGAAAAAAAAGCAGGCAAAAUUACGUCAAAAAGAGAAAAAAAACUUAGCUUGCAUACAAAAAGGUUUAGAGACUGUUCAUUUUAAUAAUGAAGAAUCUGCAGAAGAAAAAAAUACCAAAAAGAAUUUAAAUACAAUAGUACAGAAACUAAUGGAUUAG